AUGGAAGCGAGACCCAUUAGCAUCGACGUGCGUUCUACCACCUUUGAAGAGCCCACGAAACGCAUUUUCGAUUCCCGCGGUACCCAGGUUUUUCAGAAGUCAGUGGCCAUGUAUAGGCUCAAAAUGUAUCUACACCGCUACAUUAGCAUAGUGGGAGGCCAGCAGAUCCCUGAAAACAGUCAAAAUCCGAAGGUCAUCGAUUUUGUCAAAAUUCUGGACGAAUUUGCGUCUUUGGUUGACCAGACGCCAGCUUUGCCUGGUCCGAAGCGUUACGGAAAUUUAGCCUGCAGAACGUGGCACGAUAAAAUCGAAAAUGUAGUGGAAAUCGUAUUGGAAAGUUUCAUGCCCUCGGAAUACAACAAGAGUAUCGUUGAGCUCCGGUACUACCUCGCAAACGCGUUCGGAUCCCGCGAACGGCUGGACUACGGAACGGGUCACGAACUCUCUUUUUUUGCAUUAGUAUCAGCCUUAGACAUGCUAGGUAUCUGGGGGUCCGACUUGAAGGGCACCGAUCUUUUGUUUUUGCUAAAUCGCUACUACGGUCUCAUACAAAAAUUGGUUGUAACCUACACUUUAGAACCGGCUGGUUCGCAUGGAGUAUGGGGGCUAGACGAUCAUUUUCAUCUGGUAUACAUCUUUGGAGCUUCUCAAUUGGUAGGCAUGCGCUCGCCCCCAGCCACACCAAAGGAAAUGCAGAAGAAGUACAUUGUGCAGGAAAACAGUUCCCAAAACCUAUACUGUCAAGGACUAUCAUUUGUUUUUCAAGUUAAAUCCGGCCAGCUCUCUGAAAACUCGCCUAUGCUGUAUGAUAUUGCCCAGACGGUUCCAACGUGGUCAAAAGUUCAACGAGGCCUUUUGAAAAUGUAUUUCGCAGAAGUGCUCAAUAAGUUUCCGGUGGUUCAACAUUUUUGGUUCGGAAAGGGUCUUUACCCAUGGGUCAGCACUGAAAAUGGAGAAAUUCUCCCGUUUUUCGAAGCUUCGUUGCCGAGCAGUCAUGUCCAAACACCAUUCUCGAACACUACGACACGACAUCCUAUGAAUCCUCCAGAUUUUCGAGGUGUUAGCCGAUUUAUAUCACAAGAUAGAUUCAGAAGAAGCUAA